AUGAAAAUAGGUAUUAUUGGAGGAGGAGCUGCGGGUUUAGCUGCUCUAAAACACAGUCUAGACGAACAUUAUGAGUGCGAACUUUUUGAACAAACUGGCUUGAUAGGUGGUACCUGGAAUUAUAUUGAAAAAACUGGAAUCGAUGACAAUGGACUACCCAUUCACUCUUCAAUGUAUGAUGGACUUAGGACCAAUUUACCCAAAGAGCUGAUGCAAUUAGAAGAUUUUCCAUUUUCAAAACCAGACUAUUCUUACGUGUCGCAACCUAUGGUUCUGCAAUAUAUUAAAGAUUAUGCAAGUCAUUUUAACUUACUAUCUCAUAUUCAGUUUUUUAAACAUGUGAUCAAAGUCACUCCUCUCGAAAAGGGAAAGUGGUCAGUGGAAAUCAAGGACCUGAAAUCUAAACUUAGUGAAACAAAGACAUUCGAUGCCAUUUUUGUAUGUAUUGGAAAUUAUUCUACUCCCUUCAUACCAAAAUUUCCCGGUAGUGAAAACUUUCAAGGAACGAUCAUUCAUAGCCACGAUUUUAGGAAACCAGAUCGGUUUAAAAAUCGAAAAGUACUCAUUGUUGGUACGGGUCCUUCAGGAAUUGAUAUUGGUAGACUCAUUCGUAAAGGAUCAGAUAAUGUAACAAUUUGCCAUAGAAGUCCACCUUACGAAGCGUUGCAAAUACCUGAAGGGAUUAGGAAAAAGUUUCCUAUCAAAGAAUUCCGUCAGCAUUCCAUUUUAUUCAGUGACGGGUCAGAAGAAACCAUAGACGAUGUGAUACUGUGCACAGGUUAUUUAUACAACUAUCCCUUUCUUUCAAAAGAAUGCGAAAUUAAAGUAGAUAAUAAGUGGGUAAAAUAUUUAUACAAACAUAUUAUUAACAUUAACCACCCAACGAUGGCAUUUAUUGGAAUUCCGACCAGAGUGUUUCCUUUUAUACUUUUUGGGAUACAGAUUCGCUUCUUCUUGGCCUAUCUUAAAGGUAACUUUUCGAUAAGCAAAGACAAAAUGAUGGAAGAUCUCGAAACUUUUAUGAAUAAUCGGAAAGCAGAAGGACAGGCUCCUCACUUUGUGGGUACAAAACAAGGUGAAUACAUGGAAGAUUUGGGAACAAUUGCUAAAGUCAAGAAGGUUCCUCCAGUAUUUGCUAAAUUGUAUAAAUACGUUCACAAUGAAGGCAAAGGAAAUAUUUUGACCUAUAAAAUAUUAAAUGAUAAUGAUUUUGAAAUAGUAAAAUUUGUGUAA